ACUCCCUCUCUCUCUCUGCAGCAGGAUGGGGCGAGUGAUCCGGGGACAGAGGAAAGGAGCCGGCUCCGUGUUCAAGGCUCACGUCAAACACAGGAAAGGAGCGGCCAAACUCCGACACAUCGACUUCGCUGAGCGUCACGGCUACAUCAAGGGGAUUGUGAAGGACAUCAUCCACGACCCCGGCCGCGGCGCCCCCCUGGCCAAGGUGGCCUUCAGAGACCCGUACCGCUUCAAGAAGAGGACGGAGCUGUUCAUCGCUGCAGAGGGAAUCCACACCGGACAGUUCAUCUACUGCGGGAAGAAAGCCCAGCUGAACAUCGGUAACGUGCUCCCCGUGGGCACCAUGCCGGAGGGAACCAUCAUCUGCUGCGUGGAGGAGAAGCCCGGGGACCGGGGUAAGCUAGCCCGGGCCUCAGGGAACUACGCCACCGUCAUCUCCCACAACCCCGAGACCCGCAAGUCCCGGGUCAAGCUGCCCUCCGGGUCCAAGAAGGUCAUCAGCUCGGCCAACCGGGCCGUCAUCGGUGUGGUAGCGGGCGGGGGUCGUAUCGACAAGCCCAUCCUCAAGGCUGGUAGAGCUUAUCACAAAUACAAGGCUAAGAGGAACUGCUGGCCCCGAGUCAGAGGAGUGGCCAUGAACCCCGUGGAGCAUCCGUUCGGAGGAGGAAACCACCAGCAUAUCGGUAAACCGUCCACCAUCCGCAGAGACGCCCCGGCCGGUCGUAAGGUUGGUCUGAUCGCUGCCCGCAGAACCGGCCGGCUGAGAGGAACCAAGACGGUCCAGGAGAAGGAGAACUGAACAACUUUGAGAAAAUAAAACUGUUCUACCAAAACCAGA